AUGUUUACCAGAACUAGUAUUGCUACAUAUCGUUUAUCUCUGAUUGCUGGACGUAGAUUCGGAUCAAGUUACUCCCAAAUCCCUAAACUGAGUACGAUGCAAGAGUUUCAAGAGCAAAUCUUGGACUCCAAAAAAGGUGUUAAAGUGAUCGACUUUUAUGCCACUUGGUGUGGACCUUGCAAGGCGAUGAUCCCACAUAUCUCGAAGUUGAUGCAGGAAUAUCCUAAUGUAGAUUUCUACAAAGUGGAUGUCGAUCAGGCCAUGGAUGUCGCCCGGAGCUGUGAUAUUAGCGCCAUGCCGACUUUUAUGCUGGUUAAGGAUGGUAGGAUCGCAUCAAAAGUUGUCGGUGCUAAUCCAGCAGCCUUGGAGAACGGGAUCAAAGAUACUCAAUGA